AUGUUCGGAAUCCGCACUCCUGCUAAGAGACCAAAUGAGUUAGAUAGGGAAAGUUCGCCAAAUGAAAGAGCAAUGGCAGGUCCAUCUCGCGUUAGACGCAGCAUUGGCGAAUGGGAGGCGGAAAAUCAAGACCUGGACCCAGGAGCCCAAAAUAAGAAAACAAAUCAGGCACAGACUCGGGGGGUGAAAAAGCCGAAAAACUUAAAAACCACGUGGCACGUGGUAGCAGAAGGAGACAAAAAAUCAACAAACCAACUAGACGAGAACCUGCGGGACACCAAGACCUUUCACCGGACACCUCCAGCAGCAGCGGCGGACACCUGGAAGCAGAGAUAU